CUUGUUCUGUGGACCAGGGAGAAAGUCAUUAAACGCAGAGCGUACAGCGAAGAAAGUCCAACUGACCAUUAUUAGAUACAGAGCGCUCAGCGCACGCGUUGGGUCUUUAAUCGGUAUCUAUGGGUGGAUUACGGACGCUGUCAUUUAGUAUGAAAGGACGGCGGUGUUACGUUCGACAUGCUAUCCAAUUCACUUUCGGAAUGUUCUUAAUUAUUUCCUCGUGGUGAAUUGUAAAAUGAUUCACUACAGUAUUACAGUGGACGUGAACAUAUCUUGAAUGUUGCUCUAAUUAUGGAGACGAGGGGGUGAACAUGAAGGAAAUGAUGUGAACAUGAAAUAUGAACUGCUAUGGCUUCUGACGGAAUGACAAGUGACACCACAUCGACGGCUUCCGCGGUUGGUGAACCUUAUUAUGGUAGUGCUACUUACCAACCAAAUACGGAAUCAUUAUCUUUGGAGUAUUGGACAAACUCGAGUGGAAAUGAAACGGAAUCUAAAGGAGUUUAUAUCAUAUUCAGCCCUCUGGCUGCUGUGGGCAUAAUCGCCGUAUAUUCUAUAAUCAUAGUGGCAACUAUUCUAGGCAAUCUGCUUGUGUUAACAUCGGUGUGUAUGGAGAGGAAGCUCCGGAGCCCUCCGAAUAUCUUGAUUAUUAAUCUCGCCGUGGCCGAUAUCCUCGUCGCCGUCCUUGUCAUGCCUCUCGCAGCAUCGUACGAUCUAAGUGGACAGUGGAUAUUUAGCCAGCCUCUUUGUGAUAUGUUUAUAUGUUUUGAUGUGAUGUGCUGCACAGCGUCUAUUAUGGAUCUCUGUGCAAUUUCUGUCGACCGUUACUUUGCCAUUUCAAGACCUUUUCGUUAUGCCAGGCAUCGAACGACCAAACUGAUGCUCGGUCUGGUCGUUGGUGUGUGGGGUAUUAGUGCUUUCAUCUCCUUCUCGCCUCUUCUCAUUUUUGAAAAUGAACACUUUGCGAACGAUUGUUUACUCUCCCAAGAUCCUAUUUACACCAUCUACUCAACAUUAACAGCUUUCUAUGCUCCCCUGCUGAUCAUGGUUGUGGUGUACUAUAAGAUUUAUCGUGCAGCUGGUGAAUUAGAAAAAAGAGAACUCCAGAGGCGGCCAAGCACGCCCGGAUUAUUUACCAGAGGGACCGCUGCUGAUAGAUCAGGCAGUAUUUCAAGCGAAAGCGAUUCCACGUCGGAUCCUUCCAAAGAACUCCGCCGGAAAUCUUCCAUCGCUCGCUUCACGGACUACGUUCGGAGCGCGUCGAGAAAUUCUCUCGCGUCUGUUCAUGGCAGUAAGAAUAAGAUCUCGGUGAAGCUAGAGCGGAAAGCAUCGAAAACUCUGGGUAUCAUCAUGGGCGCGUUUGUCAUCUGCUGGCUGCCCUUUUUUAUACUUGCCAUCGCGCGCGUCUUCUGCAAUUGUGUCAUCCCACAAGCCUUGCACGGCACCCUCGUCUGGCUUGGGUACGUAAACUGCAUGCUCAAUCCCAUCAUUUAUCCUUUCUUUAACAAGGACUUCGGGCCAGCGUAUCGUAAAAUGCUCUCCUAUGCCUGUUGCGGACUUUGCCCCGCUCGUCGAAACUAUUAUGCAGCAACUAACAAUAAGUUUACGCCUGUGCGACGGCAUUCCUUUAACCCCCACCAAACGCAGCAUCCAAUAAUUCCUCCAGAGCUUCACGUCAUUGCUGAAGACAGUCACGACGAGGAACCGCAGGAAAAUGGAGACAAAAGUCAACUGAAUUGUAGAACAGAAAGGGAAGGGAUCAAAUACAAGUCAGUGCACCUUGACAAAUUAAACGGCAACAGCAAAGGUAAAGGUAACCUCAAUGAAAUAUCGGCAACGCACGUAUGAUUUCUGGACUCAAACGCAGCUCCCUUUGUGUAAUAUCUCUUUAGGAGAAAAACAGAAACAUUUAUUGUACUUUCAACAAGUUUCAGGUGAGAGUUGAGGUCACAUAUAAUCCUCUAAGCGUUUAAUCUCUAUUUUGGCGGAUUUAUCGCUUUACACGAAAGACGUACUCUCUGAAAUGUUGGAUUCUUUUCUUCGUCCAAUUUACCCGCCUUCCAUGAUCUAUACACGUGAGGUUGUAAACAAACAUAUCAACAAGACUCAAAUGUCCCCAGCACAAUUGUUGUAAGGCCUCGGAUUUGGAAGGUCUGUCUGCGAUGGGCAAGGUCUGUUUGCUUUUUGUCCGACAAAGUAAACAUUGAGUAAGCGUCCGUACGUAGCUUCCAUGAUACAUGUAAUUAAUACAUUCAGUUGACAUGAUAGUCGACUCUAAUAAACCCUCCCAUAUAAGCAGGUACUAAACGGUUGCUUCAACAACGCUCUUAAAACGCUCUUAAAUGGAUUGCCCUAUACAUAGCUACAUGUAUAGCUAAUAAUAUGUGAAUAAAGUGGUAAUAUUCUCGCUCCUUUUUUUACCGUGUCUUAUAGGUGUUUGUAGUAUGUGAUUCAUAAUGCAGCAAAUAGGGAAUACUUUGGGAUUCCAAUACAAUUUAGACUUUUGUUUAAAUUCAUCUAUUUAAAAGCAAUGAAUAAUAUACCAUUUUCGUAAUGUAAUCAAAUUUAAUGCAUAAAUCUUUGUUAAGCGCCACGUUAAAAACAAUUUCAUUUACUUGUUACAGUUAAUUGUAUUUCAAUAGUCAGAAUACGAAUUGCAAAAAUUAGUUAUUGCGAGGUAGGAAAAACAAACAUGGCUUGUCGUUCCUAACAACACGGAAAGUAAUUGUUGAUAAGUAAGAUAAAGAGGGAAUCCUCAAUCCUGUUGUUACCUUCUUAACUAAAAAAAAAUAUAUAUAUAUUUUUAGCGGAGCAGUGUUGGUUCUUACAAAGCUCGAAAACCUAUAAAAGAUAAGAUAAGGAGAUAAGCAAAAUUUUAUAAAGAGACUAAUACAUAUUCCAGAAAAAUGAGAAGUCCAAGAUGUAUAUACAUUAUUUUUAUCAAAUUCUUCCAUUCAUGUUUGCCCGAAGUAGCAUCAUGCGCCAUUCCGCUUGUCAUGGGAACCAGGUUGACCAUUUUUUUUUGUAUAUGUGUGCAUGUGUUUGGAUUGCUCUGUAUUUCCACCUUCCAGUUUCACAGACGUUUUGUUAUAUGAUACAGGGAUUUAUAUUUAUAUCUACUCUUACGAAUAAGUUUUCAUGGAUUAUCAAAACACGAUGCACAAAUAACUAUUGCAUGGUGCUACACAUAUUGUUUAAUAACUGUUUGAUUUAUAAGGCAAAUGUCAUUAAACGCUUGUUAUCUACUUAUUUAAUGCUUCUUUUUAAAACGUACUUCGCACAUUGAGGUAAAAUGUCUUUCAAAACGCAGUUGUGCAAGAAAAAAUUAUAAUACUUUGUUCGUUUGACUUUCAUGAUUUUUCCAGCACAAAGAAAAACGGCUUUGUGGCAGUGUUAAGAAAUAUUCUUUUUCAAAAUCUUUUAUCUCAAAGAAAAUAAUGAGUCAUGAAGAUAUUGUUUUCAUUAUGCAGAUAUAUGACCCUGACCCAAUAGUGAAUAUUGAAAUUUCAUGAAACAAUAUUUUUAUCACCAUUUCGUGAUUUCACAUGGUUGACUCUGUCUUUCAUGCUGUUUUUUAAUUUAAAUUUAGGCAUUAUCCUAAUAUUAUGUUAUUCUUGGUCUAUGAAACGUGUAAUGGUUAUCAUUUAAGAUAGAUGAUUAUUUGUAAGGUACCCGCUUAAAUUCUCUCACACCCGAUGCAGUUUUGACCAUUAUCAUUGUUAUCGAUUUAAUGAAGAUAUUCUCAGGCAGCAUGUGUAUAUUGUCACAAUAAAAGUGACAGAAAUACAGGUGUCAGAAAAUAAUUAGUUCGAAGGUAUUCCUAAGGAUUAAUAAUAUAUAUCAAAUAGGAACAAUCGUGUCUUCUAAGGUUAUAAGACCAAGAUAGGUAAUUUUUCUUAACGUUUACCAGUCAUGGUACUUGACAACUCUGCCACAAAAUACCUAAAAUCAUUAUAUUCUGGCAAAAUUUACUUUAAUAAACACAAGAUAUGAUCGAUGCAAGAUGUUUCGAAUUGAUUAAAGGUAGUGGGUAAACUUUUGCAUUGAGUAUUGUUAAUACUUAUAGUUCAUGCUGCCAUUAUAAUCAUAAACCUUUAGGUCAUUCAGGAACCGCAUAAAUUUUACAAGCCAAUGGCUCGUUUGAUUGCCAAGAUAUGACAUCAUGCCAAUGCCAGUAGAAGGCUUUCGCAUUAAUUUAUAGGAUGUAUUCAGUAGCUGUACCUUUGAUUGAUUUGAUCAGUCAGUCGUUGUUUGAUGUAGCAAUUCCCCUCUAUAUUGGGAUUUGAUGCAUGGAAUUGCAUAUGAGGAAGAUGGUAAAAUAAUGGUCUUCAAACCUCUGAAGAAUUUGACUUAAAUUUUACACUACUGGAUUUUAAAAAACUCAAUGCUAUGGUCAUUACAUGGUAUGAAUUCAAUCAACUUUCUUACUACGCAAUUUUAAUCAUAAGAUUAAUGGCUAUUUUGUAUAUCUUUAUGUCACUGUUAGUUUCAAUUAAAAUGACAGUGCUAUUAAGAACUUCAUUCUGUGGAUAGCUCUGUAAACUCUGAUUAAUAUAGGAUUUUAAUUAAAUUCUAUAAAGGGUGGUACUCCGGGUGAUAUACAUUACGUAUUACGUUAUCCGAACACGAUGUAAUCAAUGCAUCAGGGUAUUAAAAUAAUCCUUGAGUUCGAUAUCUCACAAUAAGUCUUUGCGAUCUUAAUCUAAAGAUGUUAUGCUUCAUUAGCUGUUUCACUUGGCGAUUAGAGUAUUGAUGGAAUUGAAAAAUCUUUCAAUUUCUUUCUCAUAUUUACGGUUUCGUGGAACCAUGUCCAUUUAUUAUUUAGUCAAUGUGAUUGUUUAUCUCGGAAUAUGCUUCGAAAUGUAAUUAUCACGACAACACAUAUAUCAUUCGAUAUAUCUUGGUUAUUUUGGCAAUUUAUUUGUUCACAUAAGCUACCGACAUUUCGGACCGUUAACAACAUGAUUUAUACCGAAUUUCAAACACAUUCCUUUUUGUAUUAUUAUUGCAGUCUUAAUUCAAGAUAUUUAAUUCAAGAUAUUACGAUAUUUAGUUUCCCCCCAAAUAAAACGGUUUCUACCCUCAAAAUUUCCUUUCGUCUCACAAUCGCAUAUCCUAUGUAAUAAAGCCGGACAUAAAGUGCAUUCGAAAAAAUAACACCUUAUUGGACCUAUACGCACUAUUGGUUAUACGCCAACGUAAAUACAUAUUUCGUUAACUUGAUAAUAUUUUAAAUAUGUGAGUUGGGCUAUUUGGGUCAACUCUCUGUCUUCGACAACAGACGGACCGCGGUUGGAAACUGAGUCACGUCUUUCAGAUGGAUUAAGGUCGAUCCCAAGACGUAAAUACUAAUCAUCUCUGAUGGAUACACGUCUGUAAAAACCCAGUUACUUUGACGGAAGUAGGAUGUGCUGAUCAUAUUUUUUCCAUUUCAUUCAUAGCCCCUUCUUCUUCCAUUCAGCCGAGGUUGUAAACUAUUACUAGUAAUGCACGAUUGUUCCUAUGUUGAUUAGGGAGGUAAUUUAGGGAAAUGAAUGAAUUACUUUAAACAAAUGUUGUGAAUCAUGUGUUUGACUGUUUACAGUACAUAUGAAGAUGAGGGCUGUUUAGGGUUCAUUGACCACAGGUAAAAACAUUAUAUUGCUAGCAUAUAAGUUAUCGGGAGAUACGUGACACUUCAACAUUAGUUCUUCGUUGGAAGGCAUACAUGAUCGAAACAGGUGGCAUACAGUAUCGUGUAUCGUUAGAAGAGGAUUUAUGUCGAAGUAGCUAUAUAUAUAUAUAUAUAUAUAUACAUAUAAAUAUAUAUACGACUGCAGGUGCAUUGCACACAAUUAGCGUGAUUAGAGACAGACAAUGACCUCUCGUACGCAGCACACAUCCUUGACAUCUGUAUGAUAGUUUGGUGUCCGUUACAUAUGAUAGUAGGUCGUUACUAUCUAAGGGAUUUGGAAAGAGCUAUUGUCUUGCUUUCAAUGGACGAUUUCCAUUUUUUUAAAGCACAUCCUUUUUAUAAUUCAGAAUCAGAUAGUAUUUACAGAAAUGUCAAAUUUUUACUUUGCCCAUGGAUAUCAUUAAUUUUGUUUCAUGAAAUGGAAAACACACACAAAUCAUUAGUCAACACUCAUUAUGUUGAUACCUUGAAACGACACUGUCGUGUUCCGGAUACUUGUUUGCGAUAGCAUAUCAUGUCAUUGUCAGAAUAAUAAAGAAAGCCUGCCGGGUUUCAGUAGACAGUAGCUUGCUUAAUUAGGUGUCAGAGAGGUCAUUAUCCAUCCCAACUCCCUGCUCUAAUCAGGUGAAUUGCGUGCAAUGCACCUGCAGUGGUGUAUCUAUAUCAUUAUAUCUAGCUACUUCGAUUUAAGAAUCCUCUUCUAACGUACAGGAUACUGUGUGCCACGUGUUUUGAUCAUGUAUGCCUUUAAACGAAGAACUAACUUUGAAAUGUAACAUAUUUCCUAAUAAUUUAUAGGCUUACAUUAUAAUAAUUAUCUUUACCUUCGGUCAAUGACCAACCACUCAUCUUUAUAUGUAGUUUCAUUUUUGUGUUCCUCAUAAAAAAGACAGAUUAAAAUGAACAAUGUUUGUAUUGCAGAUGAGAAACCUGCCAAUAACACACCUCCUUGUAGAGAAUUUAUGCCAAGUCCCAUGAGGCUAUAAAUGGUAUUAUUUCAUUCAGAGCCCCACUCCCACGUAUUUUGUGUAAACAUCUUUAAACUAAAUAUAACUUUACGUACACGAUUAGAGGCAGGUAGCAUUAUAGUACAGAUGAGGUUUAAAUUACAAAUGUUUACGGAUGAAAGUCCAUGUUGUGACUGUAUCGAGUGUGCAAUGAAAUUGGUCACGUGCUUUGGUAAUGAAUAUUGAAUCUGUUUGUUGUCAUUGUUGCUUGUGGGUUCAAAGUUGAGAAAUAUUACCCUCUUGAUUUGUUCAUGAUAUUGCUAUAAAAUGUGUCUCAUUCGACAUCUUGCUUUAAAACUUAAAGGUAAAGUCCGAGGAAAAGUGACCCAAUAUAAAAUUGGCUGUGCUAUUCAAUUAUUCAUGACCUGGACGAAAUAGAGACAGAUUAUGUAGAUUGCAACAGACGGGUAGACGGAUAUGUAAAGAGUCUGACAUUGCCAGGGUAACCAAAGUGAUUAACGUGAGAUAUUUAUAUAUACAGGAUCUAUAAAUAAUUUAUUUUAAAGACUCCUCUCUCAAGAGUAUAGAGACGAAGUUACACUUAUUCACGUUGGACGAUGCAAAUCAGUAUUCAGUAUAUAAAUAUGCAUGUGACAUGUUUACAAUGUAUUGUUAUACCAAAGAAGUAUUACACAUAUUUUGUUGUUGUUGACAAUGUCGGUUGUAAGUUGGAGAGUGCGAUAUGUGUAUCAUAUUAUGUGUAUUCCUAAAUAUAUGAUAUAUAUGAUUUAUAAUGCAUUAUGGAUGUGAUGUUUUAAAGAAACUGAGAAUGAACUACACAAUGACAUAGUCUUGGCAAGAAUAUUGCAAUGACAGUGCAUAUAUUAAAUGUGAUUUUCUACAACAUGAAA